AUGAAGUUUAUUUUUAUUCUAUACACGUUGAAAGUGAAUUUGAUACAAGUCCUUGUCAACAGUUGCAGAACUCAUUCGAUAUCAUUACAGUUUAUUGACAGCUCAAUUUUUGCUGCUACUACUGCUACUGACCCUCCUGGGGACUAUGCAGAUGCUGCUUUUAUCGUUAAUAAUAUUACUGAUAUUCCAGUGAUAUGA